AAGCGCUGUGCAGAGCUCGCGCCACGUCUCUCCAGGGACCCCACCCAGCUCCCUGCUAUCUCUGUGUGGGAACUGCCGCUCGGAGGACCAGGCCAAAGCAUCAUGGGCAACGAGGCUCCUCGCGCUUCAUCCUUCCAGAUGCUGCUCCUGUUGCUUCUGCUCCUGCUCCGGGCCGAGCGACUGCGGGGUGCUGAGCUUACCUUUGAGCUGCCGGACAAUGCCAAACAGUGCUUCCACGAAGAGGUGGAGCAGGGCGUGAAGUUCUCCCUGGAUUACCAGGUUAUCACUGGAGGCCACUACGAUGUGGACUGCUAUGUGGAGGACCCCUCGGGAAAUGUCAUCUACAGGGAGACCAAGAAGCAGUACGACAGCUUCACGUACAGGACGGAGGCCAAGGGCGUUUACCGGUUCUGCUUCAGCAAUGAGUUUUCCACCUUCUCCCACAAGACCGUCUACUUUGACUUCCAAGUGGGUGACGAGCCCCCCAUUCUCCCAGACAUGGGGAAUAGGGUCACAGCUCUCACCCAGAUGGAAUCCGCCUGUGUAACUAUCCAUGAGGCCCUGAAGACUGUGAUCGACUCUCAGACACAUUAUCGCCUGCGAGAGGCCCAGGACCGAGCCCGAGCCGAAGACCUUAAUAGUCGAGUGUCUUACUGGUCUGUGGGCGAGACCAUCGCCCUGUUUGUGGUCAGCUUCAGCCAGGUGCUACUGCUGAAAAGCUUCUUUACAGAAAAACGACCCACCAACAGAGCGGUCCACUCCUAGUCAUGCAGUCCCAUGCCACAGCCCCUCACACCCCUGGGGCCUCUGGUUCCUGUAGGCAUGGGGGUGUGACACAGGGCGAGGGAAAGCUGCAGGAAGAACAAAGGCCAUACUUUGUUGUUUGUGCACAUAGCUGAUUCUUGCACUCCGGCAACUGAAGCUCACAGAGCCCAGGAAUCUG